AUGCUCGAUCUGGUCAGCGGUUCCGUGCCAGUUCCAUCAGGUGUCACGGUGACGAAAGCGGUGGCCAUUCAGAUCUACCUGCUCUUCCAGGAGAGGCGGCUGAGGCACCUCGCUUGGAAGGACAUAUUCUUCGUCAUCGCCUCACUCUCUCUGGGCUACGCCAUCGCAGCGCCGUCGGAAGCCGCCAUAAUGCGGCUGCGGCGCACUCUCUACGUCAAGAGCGACCGCACGUACCUCGGACUCGUCGCCGACUACAAGGAGCGCAUGAAGAAGCGCUCCCGCGACGAGAUGCUGAAGCAGCUCGAUCAGGCUGAGGCGCAGCGGCACUUGAUGCAGCUCUACGACCGCGAGCCGCUCAACUUCUCCUUCGCCGAGGUGGCGGGCGGUGGGGGCGGCGGCGAUCCCGGCGGUAGCGGCACCGCCACCACGGCUCCCGCGCCGACGCAGCCGGCGCCGGGGCCUCUCGACGUCCGCACUCGCACCCUUGCGACGCAGCUCACGCUGAUGGCGGCGGGCGCCCACUGCGAUUUCGCAAAGGGCACCCGGCCGUACUUUUGGGACCGGACAGCGGAGAGGUGGGUGCAGAGCACGGGCCCUACCGGGUGGUCCGAUCGGCUGGGCGAGCUCCCGCUCGACGUGCUGCGCAUCAUCGACGGUACGGUGCGACAGGUCAAGCUAUCCCGUGCGCGGCGCGCAGAGACGCACGAGCUCCAGGCCAUCGCGCUGCGGAAGCAGCUGGACGACGAGCGGCGGCGGACGGAAGAGCUCGUGACGGCGGCGCAGGCGAGCAAGCGGGGGGCGGAACGCACGCUCCGCCAGGCCGCGGCUCUGCGCGACCAGGCUGCGGAUGAGCGGCGAGCGACGGAGGCGGCGAUGGAGGCGGCGCGGCGUGAGCACGAGAUGGAUCUCAAGGAGGCGCGCGCCGCAGCGGCGGCAAAGUACAACGUGCUGCGAGCCGAGGCGCGCGCCGAGCGCGUGACGGCGGGCGAGAAGAUCACCGAGCUCGAGCGCAUCAUCACCGAGCUCGAGCGCGGGCUGCGCGGCGCCAAGGUGGCUCUCAGAGCGGCGGGGCGGCAGGCGGUGGCGGCGGCCGAUGAGGCAGCGAGCGAGCUCGAACGCGCCAUGUCCGGGCGCGUCUGGUCGGCCGUGCGCGAGGCGGACGCGCGUCGGGAGGCUGCUGAGAAGCGGUGCAACGACCUGCAGGACGAGCUCGAGGAGCUGCAGCAGCAGCUCGGCUCUCGGAGCCAGUCGCGGCAGCGGGAUGCCGAGCAGCUGAAGUACUUCAAGAAGCGGACGGAGGACUUGCAGGCCAAGAUUGCCGCGUACGACAUGCGCGCCAACCGCCGCUUCUACGACAUCGAGCCGAUUGCCGAGGAGAACGCGUUGCUGCGCGAGCAGCUGGCGGAGGCGCGGGCGGAGGCCGCCAAGUACAAGGGCAUCGCGGAGCCGGAUGCCUCGCACUUUCGGAACGGCGGCGGCUACACCCUCGAGCACGACCUCACCAGGUUCUACCGAAUCAAGCUGCCGACGCACGUGCAGCGCGUGCCGCACAAGAAGGUCGCGGGCAAGAUGACGUACGUUGAGCGCACGCUGCUGUACGUGGGCGGCAAGACGCACGUGAAGGAGGUGUGUGCCGUGCUGAACCAGGCGCACAAGCUCCAGGUGGGCGUGCAGCUGCUCGAGUCGCCGAACGACUCGUACUGCUACAUCUCGGACGGCGCCGAGUCGCUGCAGACCGACUACCUUGCGCAGCUGCUCUCGCGCCGCGACGCCAGCGGCAGGCUGCAGACCAUCGCGCCGACGCCCCCCUCCUGCGUCGCAGAGGGCGAGGACGGCCCGACCUGUGCGCACCACGGCAUCGUCAACAUCUUCGAGGGCGGCCGCAAGGAGAUUGACAAGGUCCUCAAGGCGGCGAUGAACAUCACCGAGGAGCAGAGCGCGGCCGACGCCGCCAAGAUCAAGAACAUGCGCACGCACGUCGGCUGGUUCAGCUCCCCCUCGUGCUCGCUCAUCUACCAGACCGUCAAGUACACCGCCCUCUUCUCCUCCAAGGGCUACGCCGUCGGCUCCAAGUUCCGCCAGUGGAUCCUGACGCAGCUGGCCGCGCAGGAGGGCGACAUCCCGGACGACCAGCUGCUCGGGUCGGUGGAGGACCUGCUCGCGAUCUGCGGCUCGCGCGACUACGUCUUCUUCAUGAAUGCGGCCGUGACAGAGCGCUUCUCGCAGGAUGGCAGCCUGCUCACCUUCCUCGAGGAGGAGGAUACCAUGGGCGCGGAGGCGGGCGGGAAGCUGCGCAAGUCCAUCCUCCUGGGCUUCCGCUCCGACUACAUCAUGGCUGCGGUCCGGGCGAUGGCGCUCAUCUGCGACUCGGCGCUCUGGGAGCUGCUGCGCGCCAUCGGCUCGGACACGCACAUUCUUGACAUCCUGCCCGUGAUGUGGCCGGAGACGCUCGCCUUCUUCGAGGCUGCCGCCGCCGCGCCGAGCAAGGUGGUGGACGGGUCGCUGACGCUGAGCCUCUCCGUCGCUCGCGAGGCCAAGGUGACGCCUCGGGCGACGCGGGCCGCGAUCGACAUUGCUCGGAUCCGCGAGAAGGCGGCAGGCGACACGAUCAUCGAGAAGAUGCUCUCCUCCGCUUUCACCGCGAUGGCCGAGGGCACCCGCAACCACGCCUCUGAGUUCCUCCCUGGCGGCAACUUCUGCUCGGAGAAGAUCACGGACGAGCUGCGGCAGCGGUUGAGCGGCAUGCCCACGACCAGCACAAGUGCCGAGCGCACGUUUGCGCUCGGGCGGGAUCACGACCAGCGUGCCGGCGCUUGCCGCGACGACACGCGGUCCGGCGCAAUCCUAGGCGCGAUGGACAACACGCACGAGUUCAUGCGCGGCCGCGAGAAGGGCGAGGAGGAGUGGAGGAUGCUGCGCCGGCUGGCCCGGCGGGGCAUGAAGGAGACGAUGGCGGAGAAGCGCAUCGCGGCAGGCCGGGCGGCGGCGACGGAGCGCAACGCCAAGCUCGAGGGCCACCGGGCCAAGCAGGCGGCCAAGAAGAAGGAGCUGGCGCGGCUCGAGGCCAUCCCUUUGGCGACGCGCUACUCCGAGUUGAAGGGCAUGGUGGGCGACGAGCUGGUCGACCAGCUGCGGAAGCACAAGCUGCUGGGCAAGAAGGGCUUCACGGUGACGCAGCCGAACCGCGAGGCCUACUUCCUCCAGCUGCAGACGCUGCUGCUCGAGGCGGACCCGGCGGCGAACGAUCUCGAGGACGGCGACUCGGGCAUCACCGGCCGCGGCAUCCGGAAGAAGUCGGCGGGCGGCGGUGGCAAGAGGAAGAAGAAGAAGAAGGGCGUGAUCUACUACAUGGACUACGAGUGGACCGAGGAGGAGCAGGAUGACUUCGAAGUCUCGGCGAUCGUCGGCAAGGUGGUUGCAGAUGGCAAGGCGACGUAUGCGAACCAGGGCAAGGCCAAGGUGGGCACCGUCCUCUACCGCGUCGUGUGGAAGGACUUCCCGCCCGACCUCGUCUGGUACGAGCCGGAGGACAACCUCGGCGAGGGCUACCUCAAGGAGUACGAGGCGCGCGUCGCGGCGGAGGCGGCAGCCGACGAGGAGUCGGCGCGUGAGGAUGCGGAGCUCGAGGAGCUGGAGGAGGCGGAGGCGCUCGCGCGCGACGAGUGA